GGAAUCUCCACAUUGAAACUGUGUUUUUCUAUAUUACAGGACAGUAUUUUCUAUAUAAUUACAGAACCUUAUUUUUUGUGUUAAAGAAGAGAAUUUUCUAUGUUUCAGGCCAGCAUAAAUGACGGUUGCCAUGAUGUGGUGUAAAGGUGAACAGUGUUUCUUUUUGGUCAUCGUGACGUCAUUUCUCCGAAAGUCGUGGCAGAUGGUAAACAUCAGCGGCGCGGGAGCCUCGUUUCCGCUCAACGUGUACACAUCGUGGAUGCCCGGUUUUGAGACGUAUCGGCAUCGGUUCAAGGAUGUUGAUAUUACGUAUGAGAGCAUCGGCAGCGGCGGCGGAAAAGCCCGAAUUAAAAACGAAACCGGUCCCCCGGUAGAUUAUGCCGGGUCAGAUUCUCCGUUGUCAGAUGAGGAUUACCAAAAAUAUCCGGACCUUGAAAUGUUUCCAACCAUGGCAGGGGCUGUCGUUUGCGUGUUCAAUCUACCUGGAAUACUCCACCUCAACAUGACGAUUCAUCAGCUGGCUAGAAUAUACAGUGGACAGAUCACUUGGUGGAAUGACUCAUCUCUAGUGGAAAUAAACCCCAAAGUCACCUUACCACACAAAAAGAUCAUUACCAUCGCGAGGCGUGACAAGUCCGGUACAACAGAGAUUUUCACAAGGACAAUCAGCGCUGUUGAUUCCAUCUGGCAGCAGCAGUAUGGAGUCUUCAGCUCGGGGUUGGACGACAAUGAUAAGCCGUACCAUUGGGACCCCGAGGCUGUUCGCGUGUUUGGCCUGACGAACAAAGGCCUGUCGGGUAUGCUGCUGUCCAUUCGAUAUUCCAUCGGCUACCUCAUCUUGUCUGAAGCAGCGUCAACGAAACUGGGCUACGCGUUUCUACAGAACAGAGCAGGCCACUUCAUCGCCCCAACCACCACUGCUGUCCAGAAAGCCAUGACGGCCACCAUCUCUAGAUUCAAGUCGAAAAUGACGGCCUCGCUGUCAAAUCCUCUGGGAAAUAAAUCCUAUCCAAUGGCUGGGUAUACAUACUUCAUCAUUAGGAAAACUAAGAUUACCAACUGUGAGACGGCUAAAGAACUCGUCAGAUAUAUUGAAUGGUUCUUCACUAACCGCAUCGCAAAGGAAUACUGCUUAAAGUCUAACAUGGUGCCUUUGCCCUUCAGUUUGUACCAUCGCAUCAUUAACAUGAUUUUGUACAAGGUAACUUGCCAUGGUCAUAAUGUGCAUGCUAUGAUUAGGGCAGAAAACAACAAAAAGAGUGAAAUCAUCGAGACUUGGGAACUUGCACUGUACAUCUGCGCCUCACUGUUCGGAGUGUUAGUCAUCGCGGGGGCUGUGUAUUACGCAGUGAUUAAGACGAAGACCUGGAGAGAGGUACUUGAAAAUAAAUGGAAAAUAGAAUCUUUUGAGAUCGAUUUCUGCAGCGUAUCUAUGCCCAAAUUUAACACCAGAACCACUAGACAUAUAGUGUUCAUCAAAAACAAAAUCCAACCAUCUCCAGAAGGUGAUUUUCAUCCCGUGACUCCCACAAUGCCGUCUCAGGUGGGAGAAUGGCAAGGGAAAAUGGUGUAUCUGAAAUCACUGGAGAUGCAUCGAUAUUUGUCAUACGACAAGAAAAAGAAAUUGCUGUGGAUGGCGAAGACGAUACAGCAUAAGAACGUGACCAGGUUUUACGGUAUUUCUCACUUAAAUGACGUGUAUCACUCCGUGAUGGACUACCACACGAAAGGAUCACUGUCACAGUUUCUACACCAGUCAAAUCUGAAAACAAACAAUGAUUUAAAUUUCUCCAUUUCUUACGAGAUUGUCAGCGGGAUGAAAUUCCUGCACAAGAACAACAUAGUGCAUGGGGAUUUGUGCAGCAAAAACUGUUAUUUUGACAAUAACUGGUCCCUAAAGAUCAGCGACUGGCAUUGCGAAAUACUCGAAGCCCGAACCCGAAAACAUGUGGACUAUGAUAAUAUCAAGAAUGUAACCACCUUUGAUGAUAAAGCGUUCUGGACUGCUCCCGAAUUGCUACAGCGGAACGGAGUGGUGACCAAAAGCAGCGAUGUCUAUAGUUUUGGCAUGGCAAUGCAUGAGAUAUUUAGCAGAAAUGAGCUUUACUCAGAAUUCUCAAACAGCAAAAGCCCUGGCGAGGUUCUAGUGGACAUCAUAUCGACGUCUCUGCGACCAAGGUUGUCUUCCAAAACGCCUUACAUGGCGCAGGUCAUAAUGGAGUUGGCGUGGGAUAGUGAUGCCGAGAUUCGGCCAUCAUUUGCCACAAUAGAGGAUAAGAUAAUGAAAACCAGCACCAGAGGACACGUCGUGGUGGACUCUAUCAUUCACCUUCUGGAGGACUACAUCGGCGAACUGGAAGAGACUGUGGAGAAAAUAGAAACCAGAGACAAGACGAUGUCGCGUGACAAAACACCAGAUAAGCAAUCGAAUCAAACUAAAUUACCGGAUAAGAAUUCGAAUGAAGCACCAGUCACCUCAGCUAUACGGCUUUCUUCAAUGCCGGAUGGAAGACCUAAGCCGCUUGAAUUUUGUUCAGUGACCGUGGUAGUGUGUAAUGUGUACGAUUUCCAUUCGUUGGUGACGAGAUUUCCACCGGGUCUCAUUGUCGAGAUGCUGACCAAGCUGUUUCAAGCACUCGAUGACAUAACGCUCAAACUGGACAUCUACAGACUCGACUUGUCCUCCACCAGCUACAAGGCUGUGGCCGGCUUGCCAGAGACUUGCGAAAACCACGCACAGAUUGCUGCACAGGCGGCUCUGGAGUUUGCGACCGUGGCGCGAACUGUUUUUGUCCAUCCACUCACUAAAGAAACCACGAGACUGAAGGUCGGCUUGAGUUCUGGUUCUGUGUUUGUCAGCUGCACAAAGACCGGUAAACAGGGUUGCCGAUACUUCUUUUUUGGCGAUGCUCUUAUGAUAUCGGCGAAGAUGGCUGAAUAUGCACACAAAACCACAGUGCUUGCGUCGGAGUCGACGAAAGAACUACUUGGUGCAGAGUUCCUCACUGUUCCAAAGUUGGAUCUGAUCCCUUGGAAAGACACAUCACUUAGAACAUUCUGGCUGAUCGGCAACAAAAACUCGCCAGACAAACAACAGUUGGAUUAAGCCGCUGAUGGAAGUUGACAGUUUUCACAGCCACAGAGGAAAUUUAGGGUUCCAUGAAUCGGCUCAAUUAGCUUUGUCAAAUUGAUAUCUAUUAUAUGAUGGAAAUACUAAUUUUGUAGAAUAACAGUAAUCACACGAAGUGUCCAAGAGAAUAACCUGUGAUGUCCAAAAUAUUAUAAAGGUCGUGUAUGUCAAGAUCACAAUGAAACAAUUAAAUAAAAACCUAUACUAAUUGUUGGUAAAUCAUGUUUGCUUAGGUAUAAAUAUUCCACGAUUGCAGAGUUGUAAACUUUACAAUUCAGUUAUCUCAGCAUACCAACAAAUGUAACAUCACAGGUUACUGGAACCUCCAUAUAUAAAAAAGGAAGUAUUGAACUGUUGAGGAAGUGAACGAGUGCAUACAUCAUGAGACAAAGGUUUCCGAAUUGUGGUGGAAGAUGGUGGGCAAAUUGUCCAAGGUUUUCAUUACUAACAGUAGACGUUGAGAAGCUUCUUAAUGCAUAGCAUUUAUUAAAGAUUAUGUUUUGUAAUAUACACCAUUUUAAAUCUCAAUUAUGUUUUAAAAUGUGACAAAAUAAUAAACUGGGGCCUAAUUCACUAAACUCUCGCAAUUUUGUGAUCUCGUAGUGCAAUGCUGAAAGACUUGCAAAGAGGAUGCUUUGUUGACCCUAAGAGACCUUUGUGAAUUUGUCCACAGGUUUUGUGCGAUAUUUUUAGUUUUCUGUGGUUUUAUGCAAUUAAACUCCAAAAAUUGA